AUGCCCGGAGUCCCAAAAUCACAGGGGUGCCAGAGCUGCAAGCUGCGAAAAAUCAAGUGUGACGAGACAUGGCCCGAGUGUUCCCACUGCCAAACGUCCAGAUUGAUGUGUCCAGGCCCAGCGCAGCUUUUCAAGUUUGUGAACAACAACUUCCAAGUUCCGGGGAAGAGGAAGCAUCCUCGGGCUUCGUCCCCACAAGAACAUAGUGCUGCGGGGGCGUGGCAUAAUUUGCAGCUGCAACGAGCUCAGCGAUCCAGUAUCAGCGUGGGAGGACGCAGUACGCCGGAAUAUGCAUUUAAACAAAUAUCCAAUCCGAAGGCCAUGCCACCAACAGUUGAUGAACUUGCCUCUAUGCGCCUGGUCUCACAUAUAGAGGGGGGUCUACAAAGGAUCACGCAUCUCGGCUUAACAUUCGUUUUGGAGCUGCCGACGAGGAUACAAGGGAGUGGCUGUCUACGAGACUCGGUCGAGCUAUUCUGUUCAGCCUUGUCAGAUUUCCAGCACCCGCAGCCUAAACGAGAUCUCAUGCUGCUACCGCAGUAUGGGAAAGCGUUGAGAAGUCUGCGGCUGGCUCUCACGAAUGAUGAAGCAUUCAAGGCUGAGACUCUAGCUGCAGUUGCGCUCAUGGAGCGUGCCUCAAACCUGUUCGAUCGCCAGGGUAAAAAAUUCAACAUCCAUUCCCGUGCUGCCAUUCAGAUGAUGAAUCAACGAGGGCCGACAAACACCGAUGAUGAGUUGGAUGUCGCCGUGUGUAAUGAUCUUUAUGGGAUGGAGAUGUUUGGAUGGAGCGUGAAGGGUGGCGAGAUUUCAGCGAAGACCACAGGGUGGAAAGAGGCUCUGCAUAAGGCUACAUCGACCCAUCAGAAGAUAAGCAAGGGAGAUAAUUUGGCCAUGUCCGAUUUGGAGACUGUCGCCGAAUGCUGCCGCAAUCUCAACGCGCUGAUUUCCGAGUUUCAAAACAUCUUCCGCCAAUCAUUCGAAGCCGGAGCAGGUGCCAAUGCCGCUGCCCGGAAUGAACAAGUGAACGACAUGGAAGCCACCAUAGCAAAGACCGUCCAGAUUUUGGUAGAAUACGCCCUGAAGGCAGGCUCCAUGAUAGUGAUCAAUGACCCCGAUAGCAUCGUGGGAAGGAGAUACGACUUCACCGACCCAACACUGUGUCAACUAUAUCUGGUUAUGCUGUUCCUACAGCUCGUCCCACUACAUAUCUUGUAUGAGACUGAUAGAAUGCUCCAUGGUAAGCCGGACAAUGAUUUACAUGCGAGGCUACGAGCAGUUGCCGUUGAGACCUGGAUGUGUAUGCCAUACAUACGGUCAUCAGGCCGGAUGGCUGGGCUGUUCCCAGAAGCACCCCUUUACGCAACUUACGAAGUUGCCGAUUCUAGGGAGAAGGAAUAUAUUCUUGACAUGGUGCAGCAUCUGGACAAAAACUCUGGAAGGUUACCGCCAUCGCGGGCAGCGCAGAGAGCCUACGUUCUGAAAAACGCAAAGAUUUUAAUGGGGCGAGACUCGCAAUCUUUCUACUUUUGA